AUGGAAAUAGUUUGGUUAUUUUCACCUCUCACUAUUUCCCUAUUGUUUCUAGUCUUCAAACUUGUGUCAUUGACACUAAACAAAGAUAACCUCCCACCAACCCCAGCACUUAAGUUUCCUAUAAUAGGACAUCUCUAUAUUUUGAAAGAACAUAUACAUCGCACCCUUGAAAAUCUUUCUGAAAAAUAUGGUCCUAUUUUCUCUCUUCAAUUAGGCAAACGUCUCGUGGUGGUGGUAUCAUCUCCAUCCUCAGUGAAGGAAUGCUUCACCAAGAAUGAUAUCGCCCUUGCCAAUCGCCCUCCUUUAAUGAUCGGAGGAUACAACUGCACAACAAUCAUUGAUUCAUGUUAUGGCGACCAUUGGCGCAACCUACGCCGUAUUUGUGCACUUGAAAUCCUCUCCGUUACUAGUCUCAACAAGUCACAAAACAUUCGACAAUAUGAAGUCAAGCUUCUUUUGCAUAAGUUGUUCCAAAGUUGUAACGAUUUUGGUACCAUUUUUGAACUUAAGUCCAAAUUUACUGAAUUAUCAUUUAAUGUUAUCAUGAGAAUGGUAUCUGGAGACGGAUUUUUCGAUCAAGAUAAAGGCAAGGCAAUAUAUUUUCGUGAGCUUAUAGAUGAGUUUUUUAGCAAUGGAGGUGCAUCAAAUGUAGAUGAUUUUUUGCCUGUACCAUUUGGUUGGAUUUAUAAGUUUAUUAAAAAGAAUGCGCUCACGCAGCUUGGUAAAAAAUUGGAUGAAUUCUUGCAAGAUUUAAUUGAUGAAUACCGUGGUGUGGAGAACCAAAAUACCAUGAUUGAUAAUUUGCUUUCUUUGCAAGAAUCGCAACCAGACUACUAUACUGAUGAUAUCAUUAAAGGAAUUAUAUUGGUCAUAGUGAUUGGGGGAACAGACACAACGGCUGUGACUAUAGAAUGGGCAAUGACACAUUUGCUUAACCAUCCACAAGUGUUGAAUAAAGUAAGAAUUGAAAUAGACAACCAUGUUGGUACUGAUCGUUUAGUUAAUGAGACUGAUUUGCCCAAUUUGAAAUAUCUUCAAAGUAUCAUUUCGGAGACUUUCCGAUUAAGUCCAGCAGCACCACUGUUAAUACCCCAUCAAUCAGCUGAUGAUACCAAAAUAGGUGGUUUUGACAUUCCGCGUGGGACGAUCCUAUUGGUGAAUGCUUGGGCUGUUCAUAGGGAUCCGUUGGUGUGGGCUGACGACCCGGGAAGUUUUAGACCAGAGAGAUUUGAAGGUAUCGAGGUGAAACCGUGGGAGUUACUGCCAUUUGGAAUGGGAAGAAGAACAUGUCCAGGUGCUGGACUUGCUCAACGUGUGAUUGCUUUAGCUGUUGGAACUUUAGUUCAGUGUUUCGAGUGGGAAAUAGUUAGCCAAGACACCGAUAUUGCUGAAGGGAGUGGUCUCACUCUCGCAAAAGCUGAACCACUCACUGCAAGGUGCAAGGCACGCGAUAUUGCUUAUGCAGUACUUUAAUUUGUAGAA